GGUCUGAGCUCCCUGAUGCGGUCCACCUCAGUCAUCAUACUUCUCAUCGUCUCAUCCCCAAAACGUACAAACAGUGGCAGUUACUCUGUUUGGUUUUCACUGAUACGGAGCCAGGAGAUUAGCUAGAAUCUUGUCGGAGCACUGAAGCGCUCAUGAAGAUUAAUUUGAGCUUCUGAAUUUGGGGGGCAGCACUGAGGCAGACACUCACCCGUUUACCAGACUAAUGAGAUGAGAGAUGGGGUCCUCAGUUUCAGAUGUAACCCUGUGUCCUCUCAGGUGGAUCCUUGUCCUGGUCGUCGUUAUGCAGCAGCUCAGUGCAGGGGAGAUUGAAGGCCCAUGUCAAGGAAGAGACUGCUCUGUAUGUCAGUGUCUUCCUGCCAAAGGUGCACGGGGAGCUCCAGGGAAGCCUGGCCAACAAGGAUCGGGGGCAUCAAUGGGACCUCGGGGACGUGAAGGGUCAACUGGCGAGAAGGGCAGACGGGGAGCAGAAGGAUCACAUGGCCCUGAGGGGCCAAAAGGCGACCGCGGAUUACAAGGAUCUAAAGGAAUUAAAGGAGAACCUUUGUAUGGUGCUAUCUUCCGAGGGCUUCAGGGGGAUGACGGUAGAGAUGGACUGCCUGGUCCACCUGGAAGACGAGGAGUCAUUGGACCUAAAGGCCACUUGGGCUUUCCUGGCCUUCUUGGACCUGAGGGCUUGGAAGGACCUAAUGGUGGGAGAGGACGACCAGGCGACCCUGGAGGAUCACUGGCAGGAGCUAAAGGUGACGAUGGUGAGCAAGGCCCACCUGGCCCACAAGGACCAGAAGAAGUCAUAGAAUUUCCUCCAGACUUCCUUCCACCCAAAGGCAACAAGGGAGACACGGGUCUUCCUGGACAAUGUGGACCAAAGGGCAUAAGCGGUGGCAGAGGAGACACAUACAGCCAAGACAUAAAAGGAGAGCAAGGCAUCCUAGGUUUUCCUGGAUUAAGGGGUAUUCCAGGGUUUCCUGGAAGAGAUGGACCUUUAGGACCAGAGGGUUUGCGUGGAGAGAAAGGAUAUCCAGGUCUCAUUGGAAGAAAUGGACCAAAGGGCUACCCAGGAGAUGUAGGACUCCCCGGACCCCUGAACCUUCACAAUGGAAGUGACGUCAGAGGUGAUAAAGGUGACCGAGGGUAUCCUGGAAGACCUGGACCCCACGGUGACCCUGGGUUCAUGGGCAUGCAUGGACUUCCCGGCCCACCAGGGUUAACGAUAACAGAAGAGUUGGGUCUGCCUGGUCCACGAGGGUUCCUUGGUCCGAAGGGCUAUAAGGGAGAGCCAGGGGUGUAUAACAACUUUGAAAAUCUGUUUCCGGGACUAAAGGGGACUAAAGGACUCUUCGGACCCAAAGGUGUCACAGGCCCUCCAGGUCCUCCAGAUUACUUCUGUGAGGCUGGUCACCCGGGAGACACUGGUGACAUAGGACACAAAGGAUCUCCUGGAAACCAAGGGCUCAAGGGAAUUGCAGGUUGUAUAGGGGCAUGUGACUGUAGGUCUGCUGGGGGAAAAGAAGGCCCCCCUGGUCUAGCUGGUUAUCCAGGACCUCCAGGGUUACCUGGAACUCAAGGGCUGAAAGGAGACCCCGGACUGGAAGGAUACGAGGGUCCAAGAGGGCCACAUGGCUUUCAAGGAAUUCCUGGUUUAAAAGGACAUAAGGGUCAAAAAGGUCACUCUUUUGUGGUAGAUGCUAAAGGUGCCAAAGGUAACCAAGGAGUCCUCGGAUAUUCUGGUCCUCCUGGAGCAGCGGGUCAGCCAGGACUAGAUGGAACCCUUGGGCCUGCAGGGGACCAUGGACCACCGGGUGCUGGAUACGCAGGAUUACUUGGUCCUAAAGGUUACCCUGGUGUUGCUGGAGCAAAAGGGUUUCCAGGGCUUAGAGGCCCCCCUGGUCCUGGUAUUCCAGGCUCUCAGGGGCAACCUGGACCUCAAGGUUAUGAGGGACUUCCUGGACCCUCAGGAAUUCCUGGACGACCGGGCCCUUCAGGUGAAACCGCGGAAUGCUGUCUUGAAGAAGAGAUUGGAUCUGGAUUUGGUCAGAAAGGAGAGUCAGGCUCACCAGGGAUUCCAGGUGAGCCAGGAAGAGAUGGUCCUCCCGGCUCUGUGGGACUACUGGGUCCGAAAGGCAUGAAAGGAGAUGACAGGGAAACUGGAGGGAUUGGACAGCUAGGUCUUCAGGGUUUAAACGGGGAUCCAGGGGACCCCGGUCCCAGUGGAAUUAGCCUGGAUGGCCGUCCAGGACUUUUUGGGUUGCCAGGACUUCCCGGCAGGAAGGGUGACCCAGGAGAUGUCCUCUCUGCCAGGCCAGGGGCUGCUGGCCCACCAGGCCGCCCUGGGGCUCAGGGGACAAGCGGACUCCGUGGAAUUCCUGGAAACCUAGGGUCUCACGGUGCACAAGGCCAACCUGGACGACCUGGUUGGAAAGGAGAGCCAGGAGACAAUGGUGACCAUGGAGAGACUGGUCUCCCAGGUCCACCCUGCACGUUGUGUGAGCUGAUUGGAUCUCCAGGACCGAUAGGACCUCCAGGAAACCCUGGACAGACGGGAGUACCAGGCUACUCUGGUCAGAAGGGUUUUAAGGGAGAUAUAGGUCCACCUGGUCAUGGACAUCGGGGUCCACAAGGUUUCCCUGGCCCUCCGGGUUUGCCAGGCCUCGCUGGACCAAGAGGCCCCGCUGGUCCCUCAGGAGAUCCUGGAACUGAUGGCUGGUUGGGACAGAAAGGGGAAAGUGGGUACCGAGGCAGGGCAGGGGCCACAGGUUUACCUGGUCAUCCAGGACCAGCGGGACCCAGAGGUAAACAAGGAGAGAGAGGCUUUGAUGGUCGCCUAGGUGACAGUGGACACCAAGGACAGCCUGGUCUUAAAGGUGUACGUGGUCCACCAGGAUUAAGAGGACCGUCAGGGAUCCUGAAUAUAACAAAAGGCCCAUCAGGACUUGCAGGGAGGAAGGGGCAAUCAGGACAACAAGGACCUGCAGGCUCAAAGGGCCCAAGGGGAGUGCCAGGUGAUUGGGGGCCUGAUGGAUGGCCUGGUUUUCCAGGCUUGAAAGGCAACACUGGUGCUCCAGGCCGGACAGGAAGACCUGGACCUGUUGGAUACCCAGGGUUUAAAGGUUUCCCUGGUCCAAGGGGAUAUUCUCGACCGGAUGGAGAUCUGGGGGAUCAAGGGUCAAGGGGACUCGUGGGUAUCCCAGGGUCACCAGGAUUUCCAGGAGCCAAGGGUGAGCCAGGAACGUCUCAUGGAACACCUGGUCCACUGGGACCCAAAGGAUCGCCCGGGGAGGAUGGACCCAGUGCAUCCAGAGGGAGUUCCGGAGAUCCAGGGGACCCAGGUCACCAGGGAAGGCCAGGUCAGCCUGGACAACGAGGCGUCGUCGGUGAACCAGGAAGACUAGGAGGACCAGGCUUCCCUGGACCUCGUGGCCCAUCAGGUCAUCCAGGUGUUCCAGGUUUUCCAGGCGAUUAUGGAGGUCUGGGACCCCCGGGCCCACCGGGCCCAUAUGGGCCUCCAGGCCUUCCUGGACCACCAGGUCUGGAUGGACUAGAUGGGCUUAGAGGUCCAAACGGAAUAAAAGGACAAACUGGCUCGUGUUCACCUGGCACUCCAGGACCAGAUGGUUUACCUGGAGUCAAAGGUCUCAGGGGUCAGCAGGGGCCUCGAGGAGCAAUUCCUUCUGGGUCCAAGGGCCAGAGGGGCUCACCUGGUCCCGCAGGUUUUCCGGGUUUCCCAGGUAUACCUGGUAACCGUGGUAACAAAUGCUCCAAGCCUCUACCAGGACCCAACGGAGACCUAGGUUAUGUAGGACCUCCAGGACCCCCAGGUCCUCCUGGUGAUCCAGGGCCUACAGGAAGCAGUAUUUUCCCCAAAGGAGACCCAGGCCCAAAUGGCCUCCCAGGGUUACCAGGUCGUAAGGGGGAUAGGGGCCUCCCUGGGCCUCCUGGGUCUCAGAGCUAUCCAGGCUUUACAGGACCAAAAGGUGAGAAAGGUCCUCCUGGUCCAAGAGGUUCUCAGAGACCCAAAGGUCAGAUCGGGAUCCCUGGACCUUGGGGUCGCAAGGGACUGACGGGCCCAGCUGGAGACACAGGUGUAAAAGGUGCUACCGGUGAUUAUUAUCACAUGAAGGCGGAGGGGGCUCCCCUUGGAAUCUUAGGGCCACGUGGUCACCCAGGAUCUUUGGGAUAUCCUGGCGAUAGUGGUGUCCCUGGGACUCCAGGACGUAAAGGACAGAAGGGCUCCAUAGGGUUUGUGGGCCACCCUGGCAAACUAGGUCCUGCGGGUCAUACUGGUCGAGUUGGAGACCCGGGAGAUGCUGGUCAGCUAGGAUUUGCCGGACCUCAAGGUAUCCCAGGUCCACCCGGCGAUCCAGGUAGCCAAGGCCAAAGGGAGGCGUUAAGGUCCGGCUUCCUGUUGGCAAUCCACAGCCAGUCGGUCCAGGUGCCACAGUGUCCUGCAGGCAGCAGCCAGCUCUGGGUGGGCUACAGUCUGGUCUCUUUGGAGGGGCAAGAGAAGGCUCACGCUCAAGACCUGGGCCACGCUGGCUCUUGCCUACCAGUUUUCUCCACCAUGCCUUUCUCCUACUGCAACAAAGCCGCCUGUCACUACUCGAGUCGCAACGACAAAUCCUAUUGGCUCUCCACCACCGCCCCCAUACCCAUGAUGCCCCUCUCCGGCCCGGAGAUUAGCUCCCACAUCAGCCGCUGUGUGGUGUGUGAGACAGUUUCGCCCGCAGUGGCUUUUCACAGCCAGGAUCACAUAGUGCCCCCAUGCCCAGCUGGCUGGAGGAGUCUGUGGACCGGGUACUCUUUCCUCCUGCACACAGGGGCAGGGGAUGAGGGUGGUGGCCAGUCUCUGACUUCUUCUGGAAGCUGCCUGAAGGAUUUCCGAACUCACCCCUUCAUAGAGUGCCAGGGUGCGCGCGGCUCUUGUCACUACUUUGCCAACCUCUACAGUUUUUGGCUGACCACUGUCAGCCAGACGGAGCAGUUCGUCACCCAGAGGCCCGGCACCAUCAAGGCAGCCGACAAGCAGCGGCGCAAGGUCAGCCAGUGUCACGUCUGCCUCAGAGAACUAUAAAGGAACUCUUGUCACCUUGAGUUCAUUUCUAUUUUUUUUUUUAAUCAUUCUGUUUUCCAAAUCUAAGUCUGAUGACCACUUUGAGUUAUAGAUAGAUUAUUUUUGAUAUAGGACCAAAGUUGUGUCUGCGCAUUUAUACGUUUAUCUUUAUGUGAUUCUGCUGCCACCAUCUGUCCCUUCUCUGUCAAUAUUUUCAACGAGGUGCUAUUUCUAAAGAAAAUAUUUCAUAGGUGUUCAUUGUGGCAGCUGUCCCCAAUCGGCUGCUGGCUGGUUGACAAUCAGUCAGCUGCUCUGACUGAUUGGCAAUCAGUCAGCAGCCGUUGCUGCUGAUAUAAAAAGGCAGCAGAACUGGAGGUAGAGAGGCAAGUGAGCAGAGGCGCAGUCUUGCGGUCUGCUGAAGUUUGGUGUGAUACCAAUAAAUAUGUUGUCCAACGAAA